CUUUCCACCAGCAAGCCCAAGGCCAAGGUGUUGAUGCCCGCGCCCAUCAAGACCGCCACAGUCGGAAUGUGCAACCCUUAUAUCGACCCCUACGGCCUCUUCCCCAUGACCCCUAAGAUGGCUGCCCCAAAGCCUCCUCUGACUCCAGCCCCGGCUCCGGUCAAAGCCGCCCCAGUGCCUGGCCUGACCCCCUUCCUGCCGUACCCUCUGAAGACCCCCACAGGGCUCUACUACGCCCCAGUCCUGGAGCCCUUCCUCACCGCUGAGCAGAAGACAGAGCUGCUGCGUAUCUGUAACCCUGACGACACAGAGUGUCUGCAGUACCACCUGCGUGCCGCCUACGGCUACAGGCCCGCUCCUGGACCCGCCCCGUCCUAUGCUGCCCUGGGCUGCGAUCCCACCAAGGACCCCUACUGCCGGCCCCAGUUGGUGAAGAAGGCCCCCUCCGGCUUCUUCCACCUGUACCCCACCUGCGACCCGGCCACCGACCCCCUGUGCAUGGCUAGCGUAGCGACCCCUCCUCCCGCUCCCCUGGAGACCCCCAAGGAGCAGCACUGCAACCCCCUCUUUGACAAGGGCUGUAACCCCCUCACCAAGCCCGUCCUGGAGUACACGCCCAAAGACGUACCUGCGCCAGCCCCCGACCCUUUGGCGUGUGACCUGCGCUACGACCCAUACUGCCUGCUUGGUGCCGCCGCCGCGCUCCAUAAGGCCCCCCCAGCGCUGCCUCAGUUCCAGAUCCGCUCCCGCCUGGGCUUCCUCGGGAAGACCAAGGAGGGCCAUGACUGCUACGUGCACUACGACAAGGACUGCACUCCUGUGGAGGCCAGCGACGAACCCAAGACCCCCGCCGUACCCCAGUGCCACCCCUACGACUUCACCUGCAACGGCAUGUCUGCCCCCGCUACCCUCACCGCCGAGGCCAACGAGCCCAAGAGCGGUGUGAUCUUGCCCGAUCCCGACUGCGACCCCGAAUACGACUACAACUGUCGCCUUCGUCGUGCCGAGGACUCUGAGGAGCCGGUGCAGCAGAAGGCCGGGCCCGGGUACGCUGUCCCACAGUUGGAAGACUUCCUGAGGAGUUACAUGGGUCAGUACAGGAAGAAGUACAUCUAAAAAAAACACACGUCACUCAAAUGUCAACUAGACGAUAGAUCUGGAAGAAAGUGAGACAAGUUAAUGUUUUACACACACACACACACACACACACACACACACACACACACACACACACACACACACACACGCUCAUGGUCCUCCCAAGGUGCUAAAAUAUCUCCCAUGGUCCAAUACUGCUAAAGCAGGACGGCUAGUGCUUUAUCAACAGGAAGUUCCAGACCUGCAAUAGUUAAUCAGAUUUGCUCAAUUACAGUGCCUGAAGGUAUAUAAUUGUACUGUCUGUGAUAUACUGGCUGUGGGGAACCCAACAUUAGUCCCUCUAGGUUUUAUGGUCCCAUAAAAGUCUAUGUGAAAGUUCAGCAUUUAAUACUACGUUUGUCUGUAGAAAUAAAUGUCUGUAUUGUGUUUGUAGAAUAGGGUUAGCUAAUAUACUUGAAGACGGCCUAAUCUAAAUUUGUGUCGAUAUGUUGGUAUGUUUUCUGUGGUUGUACAUUGUCCAUUUCCAGUGUUUUGUGAACAUAGUCUCUCCUGAGUGUAUUUAAUGUUGUUUUCAUAGUAUUUCUAAAACCUGUCAACCUCAAAUCCUUCCUCUGGUCAGUUUGUUUAUUUUAGUUCCAAAUAAAAAGUUUUGAAACAA